AACGAAGAGCAUUUAAUGGGGAUAUUAUAGUGUAUUAUAAAGUGAUAAAUAGGAAGAUAUAUAGAAGAAUUAGAAAGUGUUGUGUAGGGUAGGGUGGCGGGGUGUGAGUGAGGCAUUGUGGGAGCAGCAGAUCGUCAACAUGUCCGACGUAGAGUGGGAUGCUGACGACUUCGAGCCCCCCAAGGUGGCUCCAGCACUGCCCACAGACAAGUGGGAUGGGGAGGACGAGGAGGAUGACAUUAAGGACAACUGGGAUGAUGAGGAAGAAGAGAGAAAAGAGGCCACAAUAGACACUACCACAGCCCAAGUUAAAAAGAAAAAGAAGAAAUUAUCAGAAAUUAUUGCUGAGAAAGAGGCAAGUCAUUCAUUUACUAUUAUUGGACUAAUCUUUAUUAUACAUCUUUUGGUUUUGAUGUUCAGGUAUAGAGCAUGUAGAAUAAGCAGUAGUCACUUAAAUUCUCUAUGCCCAUAAUUUUCACUUUUACCA